AUGAUGGACAGAGGACGGAUUCCGGCAACAGCAUAUGAUAGUUUAUGGGGUGCUUCGGCUCGUGAGAACUCCAUUGUAUCUCAGGUACCAUUGCAGUAUCGAAUUAGAAGUGCUUUAACUCAGGAACAACAGACUGCUUACCAAGUAAUGUUCAGAAUACAAGAAAUUAGUACGAAGCUGAGGACUAGUGAUUUAACUCCCCCAAAGAGUAGAAUCAGGUCUGUAUCUCCACCUCCAGUUUAUGAUUCGCAAGGUAAAAGAACGAACACUAGCGAACACCGCUAUAGAAAGAAACUGGAAGAAGAAAGGCAUAGGCUGGUUGAAAUUGCUCUAAAAAUGAUACCUCAUUUUGUAGCACCUGAUGAUUAUAGACGUCCGAGCAAAUUCCAAGACAAAUACUAUAUACCAAUAAAUGAUUAUCCAGAAAUAAAUUUCGUUGGUUUGUUAUUGGGGCCUCGUGGUAAUACGUUGAAGCAGUUGCAACAGCAGUCUGGUUGCAAGAUUGCUAUUCGAGGCCGCGGAUCCGUGAAGGAAGGAAAGACUGCCAUUGAUUUACCGAAAGGUGCAAUGAAUAUGAAUGAACCUUUGCAUUGUAUUAUAACAGCGGAUACGGAAGAGAAAAUUCCGUUGGGAAUCAAUGCUGUUGAAGGCAUUAUUAUAAAAGCAAUUACAUCUCCUGAAGGACAAAAUGACUUGAAGAGAGGACAGCUAAGAGAAUUGGCUGUUUUAAAUGGUACUUUAAGAGAAGAUAACCGUCCAUGUCCUUCAUGUGGUCAACAAGGUCAUAGAAAGUGGGAGUGUCCCACUUACCCGUCAUUAUCAUCUACUGUAAUUUGUCAAAAUUGUAACCAACCAGGACAUACAGCUAGAGAUUGUACAACAGAGGUGAAUGAAUUUGGUAAAAGAUCAAACGAGGUGCCUGAGCCAACUCAUACUAAGAGGCCUCAUCAUGAAGUAUCCCAUCCCAGCGCACCUUCUCAGGCGGCAAAGCUUUUACCUUCUCCUUCAAUUCCCAGUACAUUAGCAGCUCCUGGCACUUCUUCUGCCCUUGCUCCCGGUACAUAUUCGACAGUUAGCAAUAUGUCUAUUCCACCAGGUACAGUGUUCCCACCUGCAGCACCAUCUAUAAGUUUACCACCGCCACCACCGCCACCACCGCCACCACCACCGGCGCCACCGGCGCCGCCUGCCCCACAAGCACCCCUGACAUCCUCGGUACCACCUGAAAUCAAGGAUGCACCUCAGCUUUAA